AUGCCGCCCCUCCAGUUGCUUGCCAAUGUGCAGCGCGCACGGAUGCGCGCCAUCACGCCCCUCGCCCUCACCCUCGUCCGUCCGGCGCCGGUAUUCCUCCGGCCAGCAUUCCGCACUCUGUCAACGUCGCGACGCGUCCUGUUACAGAGCCAACGCGAGAACUUGGAAAGCAAGCUGCACGACUCGCGGGCCGCCGCGUCGUUCCAUGACCCGAUCACGCGGUACGAGUUCCUUGUCAACGAAGGCAUCCUGAGACCCGACGAGCACCAGCGCGAGAUUGUCAAAAAACUCAUGCCGCUCUGGGACCACUUGAAGGAUUAUGACCCCGGUCCUCUCCCGGACCCGGGCGAGGUCGAGCCGUCAUUCUUUGGCAAGUUCUUCGUCCGCAAGUCGACGUUUGAGCCGACCAUCCCGCUCGAUCAGGUGCCCAAGGGCCUGUACCUCUACGGCUCGGUUGGGACUGGCAAGACAAUGUUGAUGGAUCUGUUCUACUCGACCUUGCCCCACCAGUUCCAGCCGGGCGGUAAGUACGGGAGCACGCGCAUCCAUUUCCACAGCUUCAUGAUCGAGGUCUUGCAGCGCCAGCAUGCCGUUACGGCGCGCUACGUGGCCGAGGGAGACGGGAAGCGCGACGCGAUUCCCGAAGUGGCGCGCAGCAUUGCCGCCGACGGGCGCGUGCUCUGCUUUGACGAGUUCCAAGUCACCGACAUUGUGACGGCCAUGCUUCUGCGUAGCCUCUUUGAGCGCCUGACGGACUUUGGCGUCGUCGCGGUCAUCACGUCCAACCGCCACCCUGACGAGCUGUAUAUCAACGGUAUCCAGCGCGAGUCGUUCAUCCCCGCGAUUGACCUUAUCAAGCAGCGCUUUGACAUUGUCGACCUCAACUCGGGCACUGAUUACCGCAAGAUGCCGCGGACAAUCACACAUGUCUACUACCACCCGCUGAACGCGGCGACGUCGGCCGAGAUGGACAAGCUCUUUCACGGCUUCGCCUCCGCCGAUUCAGACCCCCCUGACAUCAAGAUCAACCGCAAACUCCCGCUUUGGGGCCGCGAGCUGACCGUUCCCGAGUCGUCUGCCCGCGUCGCGCGAUUCACGUUUGACGCCUUGUGUAACCACCCACUCAGCGCGGCUGACUACCUCGAGAUCACGGCCAAGUUCCCAACCGUGUUUGUUGAGGACGUGCCCAAGCUCACCCUGAGUGAGCGUGACCAGGCUCGUCGCUUCAUCACGUUUAUCGACGCGUGCUACGAGAACAAGACAAAACUCUUCCUCUCGUCUGACGGUCCGAUCUACGGCAUCUUCUCGGAUGAGAACGGCUCGGCGAUGGACGACGACGUGAUCAAGCAGACGAUGACCGACCUGGGCAUCAGCUCCGAGGUGGUGGGCUCGUCGUCCCUCUUCAGCUCAGACGAGGAGUUGUUCGCAUUCGCGCGUUGCGUCUCGCGCCUGACCCAGAUGGCGACCAAGGAGUGGGCAGACGAGAGCGCGCUCGCUCACCCGGUCAACGCCAAGAAAGAAAAGGCGCCGGUGGCCGAGUAG